GCAGAAGUCUAAAACAAGGGUGUCUAGCACGAAGCAGACAGACACACAUACCAGCAGACUUGAAUCAGGAAGGGAAAAUCAAGUAAUUAAUUGAAAGACUUUCAUUUUUGUCCCAACACAGUAUUCGUGAUCACAGCACCUUUUAAAAAGGGCUUUUGUAAAGGUAAAUUAUGUCCAACAACAGCACCAUGGCAACCUACUGUUCCUUUGAGGAGGUGGACCGUCUAAUGACAUCACUGGAACUUGUCAUAUACAUACCAAUCUUCUUGAUGGGCCUAGUACUUAACACACUGGCCCUGGUUGUAUUCUGUGUUCUCCUCCGCAAGUGGACUGAGUCCACAAUCUACAUGACCAACCUGGCUCUGAUGGAUCUCCUCUUGCUUCUUCUCCUCCCUUUCAAGAUGCAUGCCACCAACAACCAGUGGUCUCCUAAACAUCGCCUUCUUUGCUCCUUUUUGGAGAGCAUGUACUUUGUGGGCAUGUAUGGUAGCAUCUACACUAUUGUGUGCAUCGCCGUGGACCGCUGGGUGGCAAUCAAGCACCCAUUCAGAGCCAAGCAGCUGCGCUCCCCUCAGGCUGCCCUGGGGACCUGCGUGCUAGUCUGGUUCUUGACCCUAGGAGGCAUCUCCCCCAUCUAUGGCUUUCGCCAGGCUGGGGAUGAGGACUUCCACUGCUUCCAUGGUUUCUCAGAAAAGGGCUGGACCCCGGCAGUAGUUGGUUGCUUAGAGGUGUUUGGGUUCCUGGGACCUGCACUGGUGUUGGUGGGGUGCUCAGUCCAGAGUGUGAAGACACUCAAGAAUUCUGGCCAGGAGAGACGGGCCUGUGAGAGGAUCAUUUAUAGCAGCCUGUGUGCUUUUCUACUCCCCUUCACACCCAGUCAUCUGGCAAUCUUGCUGCAGUUCCUGGUAUGGCUGUUCUACAACCAUAUACACAACAUUACAUAUACACAAGUAUUUGAAGGUUUCAUGAUAUGGCUGUAUGGUACUAAAUUAUCUAAAUUAAGUUUGAUGGCAAAAUAUGUUGAUUGUACAUGUGGUGUGUACCUCUUUGUCUUUACCUUUCUUACUGUUGACGGUGUGGCUGUAACUUCUGCCACCUAUUUUCUGUCUGUCUUUCCCUGAAUGUGUCUGUGAUUAUUUGCACAUAAGGUGUCUGGUUAAGUGUCUGUGUGAGGUUUUCAGUUUGCUUGUUUGUGGUAGUAGUUUCACCUGUGUCUAGUUUGAUCCUUGUGUGUAUAUAUGGUUUCUUCCCUGAGGCCUGAUCCAUAAAGCCUGCUCAAAAAAGCUGGGAUUAAUGAACCUAACAAAUCAGUUGGGGAUAAAGCAGUUCCAUAAAGGCCAAUUCUAGUUCACAUAAUCAGACUAAUUUAAGCCAUGUUCAAGUAGUGAAGAUAAUUGGGUGCGCAUGAUAUUCUUAAACAGCCCGAGAGGCAGGAUAUUGAUCUAAGCAAUCCAGCAUUGCAAAAAGCAAUGUUCACAUCCAUGUGAUCUCUCCCUGAAAGUACAUUCUCUUUAAGAUGCAUACAAUUACAGCUCGCUCAUCCACUACCUCAUCAAAAUAAAAUUACUUGCCAUGAUUGACAUUACCGAUUCAUAGGUUGAGGUCCUUUAUUACAGAUUUCAUUGAUAAAAAAAAAAAAUAAUACAUUUGAAAUAAAAAUCUCUCAAUUGACUUUUUUACAUUGUGUUAAAUAGAUUAUCAACCAAUACAUUCACCAAUAUAUCUGGUCAAAGGUAGGGCAAUUGUACUGUUAACUAUUUAUGUAGCUAUGAUCAGUCUAUUGGGGUAAUUUAGACUGAGAUUAAAUUAAUCCAAUAGAAUGAUCAUAGCUAUUUAACAGUACAAUUGCCCCCAACCAUUUUGAUCAGAAUUCUUUUAACUAAAUCCAUAUGUCUCUAUCCUCUAUUUUCACGAUUCAAAAACCAUGUUGAAAAUUCAGCAUCAGUCUAAAUGUUUGAAAUCACAAGCUACCAUAUGAUUAAAACAUAUGUAUGUUUGUAGGCUCUUAUCAUUUUAAAUUGUAUAAUUUAUUAGAUUAUUUAAGUACAUUUUCUAUCAACUUAAAUGUUUUGACUGAUAGUGGUUAAUAAAGUAAAAAAUGGAAUCUGCCCAAAAGUCAGUUGCAAAUCAUAGUUUUCCAAUUGGCUCAAUGUUACAGGAACAUCUAGUUACGUCCUGACAGCCUGCCAAGGACCAGAUUAGAUUUGCAUCAUAAAUUGCCAUAGUAACAGCUUGAUUGAAAUUUAACUGGCUUCGUGGAACUGAAUCCACUGGAAAUGAGUCCGACUAACUCACAGAAUCCUAGCUUAUUCGGUAAACUCGCUUUAUGGAACCGCCUGUGACUGCUUCUUCCUUUUUCCACACUCACUAUGACAUUUUUACUUUUUCAUCUUCUAUUGGAAUUUUACACUGCCUGUGGCUUGUACUGUCUAAGACCUCUCUCUUACACCACAGGUACGUCAUGGUGUGAUUAAAGACUGCAGAACCCAGACAAAGAUCAGUCUCUUCCUGCAGGUCUCUAUGAGCCUUGCCAACAUCACCU